AUGCGGACAGCAGUCACUCAGCAAACCCAGACGGAGAGCGUGCGAUGCCUGUUCGAAUGCAAAACUGCGAUGCAUACCAGAUUUGCCACAAUGCGAGCGGUGUCGUUCACGGUCGAUCACAUGCCGUACCGUUCCUGCACCGAAACCGAGCUCGUAGCGACUGCACAAUCCGUUCUGCUCCUGCUGACGGCUCUACUGUUCGGCUUUGGCGAAGACGCCACGUUACCGCAUAGCGACACCGCUAAGCUUCUCAUCGAGGUCUGGGGCGUGAAGCAAGCAUUAGCAGCAACUGGGCUCUUCGCCGAAGCCGAAACCCACAGUGCAGCAAUCUCGUGGCACAACUGGGCUUGUGUCCAGGCCAAGCGCAGGACACUCCUCAGCCUCAACCAUCUGGAAUGGGCUUGGUCCGUCCAAGCCGGCUAUCCAGUGUUGACCUGCUUCGAGCUCGGUCCCUUGUACGCUCCUGCGGCUGGCUAUCUAUGGCGAGCGACCAAACAGAGUACCUGGGAAGCGUCAUAUAUCGACUGGCUGCGAAAGUGGAGCGGCGAGGGCUACCGUAUGGCCGAGUUCUUCCAUCUCGACCCUGCAAAGCCGUUGGACAGGAGGUCCGAGAUGUGGCUUGCGGAGGCCGAUGAGUUCGGCAUGGUUUUGAUGGCUGAGGCAAAUGCUGUCGUGCCAGCUGGCUAG